UUGGACUGUCUUAUAGCCUCAUGUAGUAAAGCUGCUUGUGCAUCUUCUUCUGCUUCUUGCGUGGUUCAAUUCAAUUUCAAAGGGAUUAAAUUCCAAGACAUUUCUUCUCAGAACACAACCCAUUAAAUUAAAGCAUGUUUGAUUAGAAUUAGAUAGAAAGUUUUGGUUGGCAAACAAUGGCAACAGCUGUGCUAGUCCCCUGUCUUAACUCUGCUUCCUUCUUCAACAACAAUGGACAAUCAAGAAAUCGCUGCUGUGCAUCAAUUCAGCCAUCCAAGGCCAGCUCUUACUCCAAACGUUUCAGAGUCAGAGCCCUGAAAGAGAAAACAGAGGAGGAAAUCAAAAACCCAUCAUCUGCUGAUUCAGCUGAGGAGAUUACUAAGAAGUAUGGCCUCGAGGCUGGUCUCUGGAAGAUAUUCAGUUCAAAAGAGGAAGGAAAGGAAGGUGUGGAAAAGAAGUCCAAGGGAGAUGAUGCCAAGCAACUGCUAGCGAAGUAUGGAGGGGCAUACUUGGCCACCUCCAUCGCUCUCUCCAUAAUCUCAUUUUCGUUAUGUUAUGCACUCGUCAGUGCCGGGAUUGAUGUCCAAGCUUUGCUGCAAAAG